CGCGCGGGGCGGCGGGGGCCUCGAAGCACGGCCCGGCAGCCAUGCCCAAGUCCAAGCGGGACCGCAAGGUCUCCCUGACGCGGACGCCUCGGAAGGGGUUGGAGGCCAAGCAGGCGCUGAUCGCUGAGCUGCGGAAAUGCGUGGACACCUACAAGUACAUCUUCGUCUUCUCUGUCGCCAACAUGAGGAACAACAAGCUGAAGGACGUGAGGAACGCCUGGAAGCACAGCAGGAUCUUCUUCGGGAAGAACAAGGUGAUGAUGGUGGCGCUGGGACGUGAGCCGAGCAGCGAGUACAAGGAGAACCUGCACAAGGUCAGCAAACACCUGAAGGGUGAAGUUGGUCUCCUGUUCACCAACCGCACUAAGGAUGAGGUGGAUGAGUGGUUCUCCAAAUUCACAGAGGUGGACUUUGCCCGGGCAGGGAACAAGGCACUCUACGGGGUGAGCCUGGACAUGGGGCCCCUGGAGCAGUUCCCACACUCCAUGGAACCGCAGUUAAGGCAGCUGGGAUUGCCAACUGCCCUGAAGAAAGGAGUGGUGACACUGCUUUCAGAUUAUGAAGUCUGCAAGGAAGGGGAUGUUCUCACCCCUGAACAAGCCCGUGUGCUGAAACUCUUUGGCUAUGAGAUGGCAGAGUUUAAAGUCACCUUGAAGUUUCUGUGGAAUUCUGAGACAGGAGAAUUCCAGAAGCUUGUGGGAGACUCAGCAGAGGAGGAGGAAGAGGAGGAUGAUGAUGACAUCAAUGAGGACUAGCAGCAGUCCUUGUACAUGGACACCUGACAGUUCUACUCUAUUUUAGAGACAAUGAGGAGGGUUUCCCCUUCCCCACUGGCACACAGAGGACAAAAUAUGUUUUUAUGAAUUAUGAUUUUUUUAUAUAAAUCUAUAGAUAAA